CAUUAUUAUUAUAGGUACGUACCGUAUGGUAUGAGAACAAAGAAGGAUCUGGUCGUUGUUACAAGCGUACCUACUGGUACGUGCGAGCUCGUAGAACGUAGAGUCAGUAGAAUUACUGUACGACCGGUACUAUCUAUCSUAUCAUGGUGGGAAUAUUCGCGCGCCAAGAAAUUUUUGAACGCAGUGGUCUAAUGCACACUCUGCGGGACAAAAUGCCAUGCACGGUACUCUACCGUACASUGACGUACCGUUCAAAACUAGUACUCGUACUGCAUCAUCGUAGAGAAAUCAAACUACUGUUCUCGUCCGAGCACGGUACUUACCGUAGUCACACCGUUCUCAGUAUGUUGUACGGUACGUAUCGAUUUUAUUCAUUCGGCACAUUCCUACAAUGACAAGAGCGCACAAUCCAAACAACCAUUAGGUACUAUUGAACACCACCAAUCAACAGCUGCAACAAAACCAGCACCAUCAAUAGAAGUGAUUCCACACAUUUCGGAACUAGGCUGCGAAAUCUACAACCGUAACACGAAGGGCUAGAUAGAGCAUAUCAAUAGACGGAACGAUACGCAAAUAUUCGAAUCGAUUCACCAAUUCAAUAUCCUGUUUUCUAUUCAUAUCCAAUCUUUUGUAAGCCGCAACAAUGGCGCUCGUCAACGUAGUCAAUAUGGUAAGUUUUCAUUACUGCUUCGUCUAUUUCAGUUUUUUGCUGACGGGACAGCGAAUGGGAAAUCCGCAAGCAGGACGAUACUCUGAACGAGAGAUUGCAUCGCAUUGGUUUGAGUAUUGCACGCAUCGCAUCGCAUCGCAUCGCAUCCAAAAUAUUUCCCGGUUGCCGUGUUUGGUGCGUUGACUAACACUCUCCACAACGCUUCGCCUUUUUGUGCACAACGCAACGCCUGUAUGGCUUUUGAUCUCUGAUAUCUCCCACAUUUGUAAUCACAAACAAAUAAACGAAAACACCAACACAAAUUAAACAAAAUAAAACACAACACAACACAACACAACACAACACAACAUAGGUGGUCCUUGACAACCCCACCUGCUUCACGAGUCCCUUCCAGUUUGAGAUUACCUUUGAGUGCCUUCAGGAACUCGACGAUGAUCUCGAAUGGAAGGUCCUAUACGUGGGAAGCGCCCAGGACGCGGCGAAGGACCAGAUCCUGGACGAGAUUCUGGUGGGGCCCGUCCCUGUAGGCGUCAACAAGUUUGUUUUGCAGGCGGACGCUCCCGAUCCGUCCCAGCUCGCACAGGACGACUUGCUAGGUGUGACGGUUGUCCUGGUGACGUGUUCCUAUAAGGAACGGGAGUUUGUCCGCGUCGGCUACUACGUUAACAACGAAUACCACGAUCCGAACGCGGCCGCUUCCAGCGCACAGGCAUCGGAGAACGACGGAGAGCAGCAGCUGCCUCCACCAAUUCCCAACCCGGUUCCGCUGGACCGCAUCCAGCGACAAAUUCUGGCCGACAAACCCCGGGUGACGAAAUUUCCGAUUUCGUGGGGAGACGAGCCACUGCCGCAACAGCAGCAGCGAACGAACAACAACAACAACAGCCCCGGCAUCGAUGCCAAUAACGGCAMGAUGGCUACCGCUGCCGGAUCUUCCGUGGGGGCCGCCAUGAUGGCAGAUCAUGCCGCGAGCGGAACACCCACCGCAACCACGGGGAGUGCGGCGAUGCUUCCACCACCCGCGAUGGUCACGCCGAGCAUCCCAAGCAAAGAGGACGAUGAAUUCGCCCACGGCGGCAACUCGAGCAAUGCCCCGGCCGUGGACACGAGCAUGAUGCGAGAAGAGGAAGAAAUCAUGGAGGAUGAG